AUGAUUUUCUGUUUCAUUCUGAUUUUUCUUCUUCCGCAUCAAUUGCUUACUGUAGAGUGGAGCAAUGGAACUCUUUCCAGAUGGAAAAGAGUUCAGAAGUCGAGAGUUACAAUUGUAGACCCAAGUUUGGUCACAGGACCAAACAGUCUUCUCAAUCUAGCGGAGUUGACUACUAGAAACUUAGAAGAGUACAUCGGAGAAAUGGAUCAUCCAACAACUACAGAGAAAGCCCUUGAGUUUGUGGCGACGUAUGGAUUGCUCGCAAACGAACGCGAGUGUGAACAGGACUGGUGUAGCCAGUACAUGUCUCUGGUCAAGGCUUCUUUUUCCGUUUCCUCCGUCUCCUGCUGCUGGUAUUCGGCUGCUUUUAUUGUCUCCUCUCCCUUCUCCUCAAAUAUGGAAACCGAGCGCAUCGAACAGUCACCUUUGAUGGUUAGAAAGUUCGCUGAUGUUACUGGGUACCGGUACUCAUACAUUUUCAGCCACUCAUCAUUAAUUGUAACCUAA